ACAUGGUUUAACAGUCCAAACGCAUGAAAUGUAGUUGAUUGAUAGUUUUAGAAUGAAACGUUCGUAUGGAGGGGUUGACGAGUCUUCCCGGGACAAAAAAAUCAAAUAUGCACGAACAGAACCGACGUUAAAAACGAGACCUGUUGCUGUGUUUAAAGGAGAUGGAAAUUUUCCAUACUUCAGGCAGCCAACAGAAAUUGGUUCACUGUCUCUUGACAUCAAAAGAAACUUCCAUAAUGACAGAAGCAUGCUGAAACAUUAUGUGCCUCCUAAUGACAUUCACAAAGUGAGAUUUGAUUUAACCAAGGGAUAUCACAACUUCAUUGAAAAGGAUGAAACUUUUAAAGAAUAUAUUAAUGACAUUUUGAAAUGGAUCAAUUGUAACAGAGACAAAUUUUUACUGGAAGAAGAAAAGAAGAAGUCAGUUGAAGAGAAAAAUCAGAUUAGAAAUCUUCACACUGAUUUUGUAUGCUGGAGGGGACUUCUUACCAAGCUGCUAUGUACUCCAUUUGAAAACAGAGAGGGCUGGCUUAUAGCAGUCACCCUCUACCAGGGCACCCACUAUAUGUGUGAGUUUGACACAGAAAGCCGGAAACGUCAGAAGCAGGAAAUGUCAGAGAGGCAGAAAGAGAUGGCAUACUGGGGCUGGAAGUUUGAACAAUAUGUUACUGCAGACAAACCUGAUGGAUUGCCUAAAACGGAUGAACCAGUCAACAACUGUGAAGCAUUCUGUACAGUAGUCAGAUCUCGACUGGAGAAGCAUUCAUUAUUAUUUUCGGGUGAGGUGGAUGCCAUUGAUCUGCAAGCAAAGGAACCUUGUAAAUAUGUUGAAUUUAAAACCACAAGGCAGCUGGACAGCUACAGACAAGAAAGGAAUUUUAUCAAAUUCAAGUUAAUCAAGUGGUGGGCACAAAGUUUUCUUGUUGGGAUCCCUACCAUUAUUUGUGGUUACCGUGACGACGGUGGUGUUGUACGCAGCCUGGAGAAAAUGGAAACUCUUAAAAUCCCACAGAGAGCCAAGGAUGAGCGAGAUGGUUGGGAUCCAGUGGUCUGUUUCAACUUCCUGGAUAAAUUUCUCUCUCAUGUAAAAAGAACCUGCACGAAAGAUGACUCCAAGACAGUCUACUUGUUUGAGUGGACUCCACCAGGGGACAUAACUUGCUCACUACAAAAUCCUGGGUCAGAGUUUCAGUUUCUUCCCACUUGGUACACUGAAAAUGGAUGAUAUUACAGAGUGUACAAUGAUGAAUCAUACCAGUGCUCCUCAGCAUGCAAAGAGGUCAUAGAUUACGAAGUGAAUAUUUGAAUUACCACUCAUGUCUCAACUCAAAAAUCUUCAGUCUAUGAUGAAACAGACAGAAACCCUGAAAUGAAAUAUGAUCAAUAUAUAUUCACUAAAUUACUGUGAAAUCAUUAAAAUUCUUGGGGGUCAAUUUUCGUGGAUUGCUCAAAAUUUACUGGUUCGUGGGGACGUUAUUUUGUGUAUUUUAACUCUUAUUUAUUAAUUCGUAGAGGAUGUAAAUUUGUUGAUGAGAGAUACCCACGAAUUCCACAAAAAUUGAGCCACCACGAAAUCUAAUGAUUCCACUGUGACAGUAACUGAUUUAUUGAGCAUACUUGCUAGGGGAUUGUACUCUGGGUAACUUGUUAGGUAUUCUUGACCAGAGGUGAUAAUAUCUAUUGCAUGUUUAUAAAGCCCACUCAUUUGCACUUUUACACAUCAUUUCUAACGCAUUUAACCAAUGAUUUCUCUUAAUUAAAUGUGAAAAUGUGUAACGUAUAUGUGUCCAUAUACCGGUAGAUUAUACAAAAUGGAAAAAAUCAAUGAUUUACAUUAAAUAUUUUUA